AUCUACUCUGGUAUGGGUUCGGAAUUUCAGUUCCUCUGAGGACUUGAUCACUGAAUUUUGUAGGGAGUGCAGAGUUUUUCAUAAAGGUUUUCUGCCUGUCUUCCUUGUAGUAAAAAUUAUGUCUAUUCUGCAAACAUACUGGUGUUUGCUUCCUAGGUUUGGCUGGUGGUUUAAAGAAGGCAAUGAAAGAUGGAAAGCCCAUCAUAAUUGAGGGAAUCCAUUUGGAUCCAAACAUUUAUUUAAUGGAUGAUGAGAAUAAAGAACCAGCUACUAUGCCAGAAAAAAGGAAAGAAGCAAGCGCUGUAAACGUGACAUCAAAGGAAGCUCCCCCAACCCAAGUGGAAAAUAAUCCUGCACAAUUGUGUGGGAAUCAUACUGAAAAUAGCCAAAACAAUCAUGUUCAUGUGACCUUAGAUGAGGGGGUAUGUAGUGACCAAGUAAAUAAAGUCGCAGAGUCACUGGAAUCUCUUGACUUGACCAGCAUUCCUGAGAAAAAAGGUGAAACCAUUAAGGAACCAGAACUGGAUAUAAAGGCUCCUGUCCAAAAGGAAAAACCUGGUCCUCAACCAAUAAUUAUACCAGUAGCUCUGAAGAUGGCUGAAUUUGAUCAUAAGGCAUUACUCGCGGAGUGGAUCUCUACUCGGAAAAUUAGUGAUAAAUGUCUAAUUCAGGAUAAAGAUACUCUAAUAGCCAAUUUGAAGACCAUUCAGGACUAUCUUUGUUCCUUCAAGUCCCAGGGUUUAACAGUUGUGAACAUAUCAGCCACAACAUUUCCUCAGACAUUGGAUUGGCUCCAUGGAUAUCUCCUUCAGUGCAUAGAGCAAGGCAGUUCAUCAUUGUCCAAGGAAAGCUCGUCAGCCCCAAAAUAGAUUACAUUAAAUUGUUGACUUGAGCAUCAUAAACAGCUGGGAGAAGGAAUUUAGCUGUUCAAGCUGCUUGAAGCUGUACAACCAAAUCUCAAAAAUCAAUUCAAAACAAGUAUCUUCUGAAGACCCUCCUCAAAAAUGUGAGUUCUAAGGUCCAAAGCCUGCAUUCUUUCCAUGUUAAUUAAUAGGCUGAUUCAUGUACUUGGAAAAGUUGCAAUGUUCACCAGAAUUUUGAGAUAGAUUAUUGAGUAUAAAAUUUACAAUCAUCA